CAGCAAACGUUAUCGUCUCCACGGGGAAGGUGAAGCUUCGAGCCACAUUCCUCCAUGCUCGCCUGUCUCUGAUGGCCGUCGCCUCCCCACCAUUCCCCUUCCCCUCCUCUUCCUCCUCCUCGCGCCACCUCCGCCGUGCGGCCACUGCCACCGCCUCAGCGGCUUCACCUUCCUCCGACGACUUCGACUACCCCCUCGCCGACUCCACCGUCCGAUGGCCCCACCUCCGCUUCCCGCACCUGCCCGCGCCGCGCUUCCCCGCCACCGUCACCGCCGCGCCUCCGCCCCCCGCCAGGCCGCCCCAGGGGGAGGACGGCGACCCCGAAGAGGCCCCCGCCUCUGCCACCGCACUCGUCGAGCCGCUGGACGCGCGCGCCCACCGCGGGAGGGUGAAGAGGCUGAGCAAGCUCGCGCUGCGGCGGGCGCGGGACUGGCGCGCGCGCGUGGCGGGGCUCGCGGACGCCGUCCUGGCGCUGCCCCCCGGGGCGCCCGUCGACGACGUGCUGGACGGCGCGCGGGCCGCGCCCGACGAGGCCGCCCUCGUCGUGCGCACCGUCGGGGAGAGCUCCUGGCGCCGCGCGCUGGAUGUCUUCGAGUGGCUCGCGCGGAGCGGCGCUCCGGCUCCCCGCGCAGUCGCCGUUGUCAUCGGCGUCCUCGGACGCGCGCGCCAGGAUGCGAUCGCGGAGGAGCUCUUCCUUCGCUUCGCGGGCGAGGGCGCCACCGUUCAGGUGUUCAACGCCAUGAUGGGCGUUUACGCGCGCUCUGGCCGAUUCGAUGACGCACGGCAGCUGCUUGACACAAUGCACGACCGGGGGAUCGAACCUGACCUUGUGAGCUUCAACACUCUCAUCAAUGCCAGGGCCAAGUCCGGGUGUUUGGCUUCCGGUGUCGCCCUUGACCUCCUAUUUGAAGUCCGGCAAGCGGGGCUAAGGCCGGAUGUUAUCACUUAUAACACGCUCAUCAGUGCUUGCUCACAGAGUUCUAAUCUGGAAGAUGCUGUGACAGUGUUUGAGGAGAUGAUGGCUUCCGAGUGCCGGCCGGAUUUGUGGACUUACAAUGCAAUGGUGUCGGUGCAUGGCCGUUGUGGGAAGGCUGAGGAGGCCGAGCGGCUGUUUAGGGAGCUGGUGGAGAAGGGUUUUAUGCCUGAUGCAGUUACUUAUAAUUCUCUUCUCUAUGCUUUUGCAAAGGAUGGGGAUGUCGACAAGGUGGAGCGCACCUGUGAGGAUUUGGUUAAGGCUGGGUUCAAGAAGAACGAGAUAACUUAUAACACUAUGAUUCAUAUGUAUGGGAAGAUGGGCAGGCUUGAUUUAGCAGUUGGUCUGUAUGAGGAGAUGAGGUCUAUGGGCUGUAUUCCAGAUGCUGUGACGUACACUGUAUUGAUUGAUUCUUUGGGGAAGAUGGAUAGGAUUGCCGAGGCAGGUAAGAUGCUGGAGGAGAUGGCGGCUGCGGGAUUGAAGCCGACUUUAGUAACUUUCAGUGCUUUGAUUUGUGCAUACGCCAAAGGUGGGAGGCGCGCCGAGGCGGAAAAGACAUUUGAUUGCAUGGUCGCAUCAGGUGUCAAACCUGAUCGUUUAGCGUACUUGGUUAUGCUGGAUGUUUUUGCUAGGUCAGGUGAGACGAAAAAAUUGUUGGAUCUGUAUCGGACAAUGAUGAAGGAUAGUCAUAGACCAGAUGAUGGCCUGUACCAGGUCUUGCUUGCCGCACUUGCAAAAGAAGAUAAGUGCCAGGAGAUUGAAGAAGUUAUCCAAGACAUGGAACUACUUUGUCAAAUGAAUCCAGGAAUAAUAUCUACAAUACUCAUCAAGGCAAGGUGCAUUUCUCAGGGCGCUGAACUAUUAAAGAAGUCAUGUCUCCAAGGAUACGAGCCUGAUAUUAAGAGCUUACGGUCUAUUAUUGAUGCAUAUGUAAGGACAGAAAAACAUGAAGAAGGUCUCUCAUUGCUUGAAUGCAUCCAGGAACAUGUAUCCAGUUCCCAUGAUUUGAUGUCGGAAUUUUCCAUCAUGCUUCUAUGCAGAAAACAGACGAGCAUUGCUGCCUAUGAAGAGUACAAUAGAAUGCAAAUGUCAAAAUAUGAAUCUUUUGGUCGAAACUGUAACUUGUAUGAAUACUUGAUUACAUGCCUUGAGGAAGUUGAGUUAUUUUCUGAAGCUUGUCAAGUGUUCUGCGAUAUGCAGUUUAUGGGCAUAAACGCUUCUAAAAAUGUAUACGAGAGUAUGAUUUCCACCUACUGCAAACUGGGAUUCCCAGAAACAGCACAUCGGUUGAUGGAUGAUGCUUUGCAAUCUGGUAUUCCGCUAAAUGUUCUCUGUUCUAGAGUGCUUAUAAUUGAAGCAUAUGGGAAGAUAAAACUCUGGCAGCAAGCAGAAAUCUUGGUGAAAGGGCUGAGGCAAGCAUCAGGUAUUGAUAGAAGGAUUUGGAAUGCUUUGAUACAUGCAUAUGCAGAGAGUGGACUUUAUGAGCAAGCAAGGGCUGUGUUUGAUAAUAUGAUUAAAACAGGUCCUCUACCAACUGUUGAUUCUAUUAAUGGAAUGAUGAGGGCAUUGAUAGUUGAUGGCAGAUUGGAUGAGUUGUACGUGGUUGUGCAAGAGCUUCAAGAUAUGGACUUCAAGAUCAGCAAAAGUACGGUACUCCUUAUGCUUGAUGCUUUUGCAAAAAAUGGUGAUGUAUUCGAGGUAAUGAAAAUCUAUAAUGGAAUGAAAGCAGCAGGAUAUUUGCCAAAUAUGCACCUAUAUAGAAGUAUGAUUUCCUUGCUCUGCCAUCAUAAUCGAUUCAGGGACGUUGAGUUGAUGAUUACAGAGAUGGAGGAAGCAGGGUUCAAGCCAGAUGUUGCCAUACUUAAUGCUCUUCUUAUGAUGUAUACCGCCACUGGGAACUUUGAUAGGACUAUACAAGUAUAUCAAAGUAUUCUGGAAGCUGACUUAGAGCCGGAUGAGGACACAUACAAUACAUUGAUAGUAAUGUACUGUAGAAACUUGAGGCCAGAAGAAGGUUUUACAUUAUUGAAUGAAAUGGGUAAACGAGGUCUGACACCAAAGUUGCAAUCCUACAAAAGCUUGCUUGCUGCAUCUGCAAAAGCGGAAUUGAGGGAGCAAGCUGACCAGCUUUUUGAAGAAAUGAGAUCGAAGGGUUAUCAAUUAAACAGAUCUAUCUAUCACAUGAUGAUGAAAAUUUACAGGAACGCUGGCAACCACUCCAAAGCUGAGAACUUGCUAGCAGUAAUGAAAGAGGAUGGCAUUGAGCCAACCAUUGCCACUAUGCAUAUCCUCAUGACUUCUUAUGGGACUGCUGGGCACCCACGUGAAGCUGAGAAUGUACUGAAUAGUUUGAAAUCCUCCAAUUUGGAAGUCAGCACGCUACCAUACAGUACUGUCUUCGAUGCUUACCUGAAAAAUGGUGACUACGAGCUUGGUAUCACAAAACUACUGGAAAUGAAAAGAGAUGGUGUAGAACCAGAUCAUCAAGUUUGGACAUGCUUCAUUAGGGCUGCUAGUUUGUGCGAGCAAACUGAAGAUGCUAUACUUCUUCUAAGCUCUUUACAGGAUUGCGGAUUUGACCUCCCCAUCAGGCUCCUGACUGAAAGGACACCGUCAGUGUUAAGUGAGGUCGCUGAUUAUCUGGAAGAGCUCGUAGCAUUAGAAGAUUCUGCUGCUUUGAACUUUGUAAAUGCACUAGAAGAUCUGUUGUGGGCAUUUGAAUGUCGAGCAACUGCUUCAUGGAUUUUCCAAUUGGCAGUAAAGAGAAGCGUAUACCGCGAUAAUGUCUUUCGUGUGGCAGAAAAGGACUGGGGGGCGGACUUCCGGAAGCUUUCUGCUGGGGCUGCACUUGUCGGUCUUACAUUGUGGCUUGAUCACAUGCAAGAUGCUUCACUCCAGGGUUCACCUGAAUCACCCAAAUCUGUUGUACUGGUCACAGGGGAGGGGGAAUACAACAUGGUAUCCUUGCGUAAAACCAUUAGAGCCUACCUUUUGGAAAUGGGCUCCCCAUUCUUGCCAUGUAGAGCCCGAUCAGGUCGUUUUGUGGUAAAGGCCUACUCUCUUAAGAUGUGGUUGAAAGAUUCUCCUUUCUGCAUGGACCUGGAGUUGAAAGACAUUCCAGCUCUUCCUAAAUUAAACUCAAUGAAGCUGAUUGAUGGAUACUUCAUGAGAGCUGGCCUUGUAUCAGCAUUUAAAGAUAUACAUGAGCGACUUGGGGAAGUAUGGCCAAAGAAGUUUUCCAGAUUAGCUCUGUUGUCAGAAGAAAGUAGGGAUGAGGCUAUCAAUGCUGAUAUCCAAGGAAGGAAAGAAAAACUGCAGAGAAUGAAAAAGAAGGGUCUGGUGCCAGCAAGUAAAUCUAAAAGGAGACCACGAAGAGCGAAAUUUGUUAGGGAACAGGAAGAAAGCAUGAAAGCAGUAUAAACAUUGUUGGUGUCUAUGUUUGCUUCAUCAUGGAAUUUCCUUACGCGGCAUCUGGCAUCUACAUGAUAACUAGCUCAUAGUGAGAUGAACAAACUUUGGAUAUGCAUAAAGAAUAUUUCCCUAAUGAUGACAUCGUUGGGUGAAACCAAAUGCAAAGCAAUCAUGCUUCACAUGAUAUUGAGGAAUGUGAGAACACAUGGUUUGAUGGUUUAAUUACAAAAGCAAGCAGGGAAUCAGUUCUUACUUCUAAGGUGGAGCUUCUUUUCACGAUUAUUGUUGUUGUUGUAUCUGGUUUGGGACCUUCUAAUUACGGAAUUCUUUUCUUAAUAUUUGGCACCAUUAACUUUGUUGAUUUCUUUGUUUUAUGGUAACAUGCAUAGUUAGUUAUGAGCGAUGAGAGUCUGUUCCUAAAUGUCAGUAAAUAAGCUGAGAAAGUACAUUAACUUUUUACAAUCUAGGGUUUACAUCCAAAUCCUGAAACCAUCAUUUAUGCCAUUACUAAAGAGGGACUUAACAUUAUACACGUUCCUUCUGAGACAGAAACUUUGUACUGUUGUGACUUGAGCGAAACACUCUCUAAAUCACAGAAAAAAGUGUGUGAACUGGCUAGCCCAGUGCAAUAUUUUUUGCACCUCACACGAGUGGUAAACAUUUCAAUAUAUGCAAUUAGAGCUGCAGAUAUGACUUUUAAGUAUGGUGAGGAAAUGGAUUACCUUGAAGCUUUGUUGAACAUCCAUGUAUAAUCCACGUGAACCAAGAGCUAGGCCUUAUGUGGUACAUGUUGCAGUUUCCACUUGACUUUAUGUAAAGAUUAUCGCUAAUUAACAAAAUACUGCCUUCUCCAAUAUACUUUUGGCAAUCUGUUAUUUUCCCUCUCAUCCCUUUCUUUCAACAACUGUCAAAUGGACUGGAAGUAUACAAUUCACCACUGAAUUUGUGGGAUUCGAUCCUAGGUUUUUGUGUAGGGAUACAGAUGAAUAUUCAUCAAAAAGACUUGAUUUACAUUCUGAUAUGCAGCCAACGUCGUAAAAUCGCUCAAAAUGAGUGAUGGUUAUGCAUAGGAAGCUGAAUCUGAGGAGAAGUAUUCUGUAAGCAUAGCAGGCGCUCCUCUCGGGUUUGCAGUUGCAGUCGGUGCCACUUGCGGAAGAUGGUGCCGCUUGUGCUGAUUACAGUCAGAACUGAGAAGUUACGUUGCCAAGGAUUUGUACAGUUUUCGCAUCUUGGGUCGUCCAACGCGAAAAUGUUAGGUAGUGUUUGGUCGGAUGAAUAGAUUCUAUCCUGUAUGUGUUGUUCAAGUUGAUCGAAAGGUCCUGGAUGGUUUGAUUCAAAUUGUCUGUUUGGUAGCAUGGAUGAAAAGAUUCAGUUUUUUGUUUGCUUCAUUGGAUGGAAUAGUACAGGAUGGUACAAGAUUUUAUUUGGUUGAAUGAAUGGUUCUAGGUAUAGUCACCCCUGUA